AUGGAGCCGGAAAAACACGUGAGCCGGCGCUGGAGAGAGCGCCGACGGUCUAAAAUCAUUCUGGCUACCCUUGCCUCCAUCGCUCUUCUCGCUGUCAUCAUUCCACCGGCUGUCGUGGUGACCUUACGCAAGAAAAACAGCAUGGGACCUAAAUCCAGCGUCUUCGUACCUCUCUAUGUGUACCCUGCGGCGGAGGCCUGGGCGCCGCUGGAAAAGGUGAUUUCGACUCACCCCGAAGUCAACUUCACCGUGGUGAUUAAUCCCGGCAGCGGCCCAGGUCCCAAUGCCCUGCCAGAUGGCAAUUAUACCCGGGAGGUUCCUAAACUCGCGGCCCACGGCAACGUGCGCCUGCUGGGCUACGUUGCGACCACAUACGCGACCCGCGACGCCUCUUUGGUGCGUAGGGAUAUUGAGACCUACGCAGCUUGGCCGGAAAAAAGCUCCAACCCUGAUCUCGCUGUUCGGGGCAUAUUCUUUGAUGAGACGCCCCAGCAGUACAGCGACAAGGCCUUGGCUUACUUGCAAAAUCUGACGGACUUCGUCAAGGCCACACCGGGGCUUGGUCCAGACAACUUUGUCGUCCAUAACCCAGGAGUGAUCCCCGACUCUCGCUACCUGCCGUCAGCCGACUCGACUGUCGUUUUCGAGGCAUCGUAUGCCACUUUCCAGGAGCGUCACGGCGCUAAGCUAUUUGAAGCCAUCCCGAACAGCCGGCGCGGCCAGCUGUGCGCGGUGAUCCACUCGGUCCCAGACAGCGUGGAAGGGUCCAAGCUGCGAGGGCUAGUGAAGCAAGUCCGACGAGUUGCAGACGAGGUGUUCAUCACGCACCUAUCCACGGACUACUACGCUAGCUUUGGGGACAGAUGGAGUGAGUUUGUGAGCGUGAUGGCGCUAUGA